GUUACUGUCUCUCAAAGAUCUGAGACUAACUGUUGGCUUUAUUAUUUAGGCUCCAUUCCGAAACAAGAUCUCCAUUCAUAUCUGUAUUCCUUUUCCAUUGCAGAUACUGCAUUCCAGCCUGGCAUGAUUUCCUGGAAACAAUUCCAUCCUGUAAAGGAGUAAUCACCCUUGACGAGUGGAGGCCGAUGAAAAGCCUUUUCUUUUAACCUGGCUUCCUUUGAAGAAGUGACUCAGGCAGCCACAUGGCCUCUCAAGAUGCUCCAAGCCAAAUUCAAAAAACUGUACAAGAUCUUCUUCCUGGUUCUCCGGAGCCUCUGGAUCAAUCAAAAUCCUCAGAGACUACCACUGCCUGGAAACAAGCCCACCCUCCUUCCAGUUUGCCCCCUGGACUGGAAUACUUAAGACAGUUGGACCAGAUAAUUAUUCACCAGCAAGUGGAGCUUCUCCAAGUUAUUCUUGGGACUGAAACCUGCAGCAAGUAUGAGAUAAAAAACCACAUGGGACAAAGAGUUUACUUUGCUGUGGAGGAAAAUGGCUUCUUUGAUCGUAAUUUCUGUUCACCGUUACGGGCUUUCACCAUGAGGAUUACGGAUAACACCGGUCGAGAGGUGAUCACUGUGAAUAGACCUUUAAGAUGUAACAGCUGCUGGUUUCCAUGUUAUCUGCAAGAGGUAGAGGUUCAGUCUCCUCCUGGGACCACCGUUGGCUAUGUUGUGCAGAAAUGGGACCCUCUGCUGCCUAAAUUCACUAUCAGGAAUGAGAGUAAUGAAGAUGUAUUGAAGAUCAUAGGCCCUUAUGCAACAUGUGGUUGCUUUGGAGAUGUUGACUUUGAGGUAAAAUCUCUAAAUGAUAUGUCAACUAUUGGCAAGAUUUCCAAGUAUUGGUCUGGAUUUGUCAAUAACAUCUUUACCAAUACAGCCAAUUUUGGUAUUCAGGUUCCUGUAGAUCUUGAUGUAAAAAUCAAGGCUGUCAUGAUUGGUGCUUGCUUCCUCCUAGACUUAAUGUUCUUUGAGAACUCCUUGGAUGGAUUGUAACAGGAAAGAUGACAGAAACAAUAAAAUAUGCAAACGACAUUCAACAGUCCUUUGAGCUCUGGAUAUUACUUUUGAACUAUACAACCACCUUUCUCAACCCCCCUUCUUCUUCUUCUUCUUCUUUUUUGGUAAGAAGAAAAACUGGGUGCAAGGAUCAUGUUUAUUAAACU